CCUACAGGCCUUGGAGCCCGUGAGGCGGAGCCGAGCUGAACCGGAGUGUGAGGCGCACCCUGUCGGGAAACUGGCAUGGCGCCGCCCCAGCGGUCUCGGGUCCUUCGGUGCUGCAGCUGCCGCCUCUUCCAGGCGCAUCAGGUGAAAAGGAGUCUUAAGUGGACAUGCAAGGCUUGUGGUGAGAAGCAGUCCUUCUUAAGGGAUUAUGGUGAGGGCUCUGGUGCUGACUGCAGACACCAUGUUCAAAAACUAAAUCUGCUGCUGGGCCAGGCUUCUGAGCUGUCCCUCAGGAAAGGAAGCAUGAGUACAGCACACCCUCCACAUGGCCUGAAUGAUGACACCGAAGUCACUGUGGAAUCACAGGCUGACACCAGUGAACCUGGUCCUCUUUGGAUAGACCAGCCCGGCCCAGCCCCAGUCCCAGCCCCUUCUAAGUGGACACAAUUUCUCCUGUUGCCUGGAAACAGCUCCCAGAUGGACAUGGACCCACCAUCAUCCAUACAGAGGGGACCCAGGCCAGUAAGUCCAGCACAGGCCAAGUCCCCUGAGGAAGGCCGCUUCUGUGGGCCCACCACGCCACCUCAGGCCACACCAGGCCACGCCAGGCCCUGGGGGGAGACCCCAGGGCCAGCCUGGGUCACAGGGACCUCUUGGGCUGGGUGUGGGCCUGGAGCACAAGGGCCUUUACAGACCCCACCCAUGCAGUGGAGCAGCCUCUUUACCACCGGGGAGGACUUCGAUGAUGAUCUGUGAGGCAAGACAGCUGCACACCAAGG